AUUUUUUAUACGUGUAUUUUGUUAUUUUACAUUUUACAAUACUGUGCCAUACAUUUGUUUAAUUUGAAAAAUAUCGUGCUUUUUUCGUGGGAUGACUAAUUUUAAGAUGAAUAUUGACAAAUUGCGAUUACCUCUGCUCGGCAAGGAAGCCACCAUCAAGCGAAAAAAGAAUUGCAUGACGCAAUGCCUAAGGAAUUGGAUACCGACCAGGCUUUUCCCGCACCGAAUCAGCAAUUUGAAGAUUUUAAUCCUAGCCGUUUUAAUUGUAGUUUUAAUUAUUAUACCCAUUUACUAUUAUCGGUUGUCACAAUUCGAUUUGAAGUACAUCAACAUCAAUUACAGUAUGUCUAGUUUUCAUCGCAGCACCAGGCCUACUCCGAACAUAAGAUGUAGCAUGAUAAACGGACCGAGGCUGCCGCAGAACCACGAUCACAAAACUGAGGCUCGAUUACGGAGCGAUCCGAAGGUAUUAGUUUUCGUAGAAACAAUGUAUUCGAAGCUUGGCAAGGAUAUCGCCGAGCUUUUGGUUCAUACGCGAAUCAAAUACAAAAUCGAGGUGGCCGGGAAGAGUGUCCCAGUUUUGACGAGCCUCGAUAAAGGAAAAUACGGCGUUAUUGUUUUCGAAAACUUAAACAAAUACCUUCAGAUGGAUAAAUGGAAUCGGGAGCUUCUAGAUAAAUAUUGCCGGGAGUAUUUCGUCGGGAUUAUAGGAUUUAUAAAUCCCAGCGAAGAGACAUUGGUCGGCGCUGAACUGAAAGGUUUCCCGAUUUUCAUACAUACGAACAUCCAGUUGAAGGAUGCGGCGUUAAACGCCGCUUCUCAGAUAUUAAGGCUGACUCGUCCCGGGGAGACGGUGUGGGGUCCAUUGCCUGGCGAUGAUUGGACGAUUUUUCAAGCCAAUCACUCUACUUAUGAGCCUCUCGAAUGGGCCCAUAAGAUUGAUGAUUACGGACACGAAGGUUUGAUGAAAACCCCAUUGACAACGAUAGUUCAGGACCACGGCCUCUUCGAUAAUAUUCAACGCGUGAUCUUCGGUUCUGGUCUGAAGUUCUGGCUCCACCGACUUUUAUUCCUCGACUCUUUAAGCUACCUCAGUCAUGGACAACUAAGUUUAUCUUUGGAAAGGAAGUUUUUAAUUGACAUAGAUGACAUAUUUGUCGGCGAUAAAGGCACUAGAAUUAAACCUGAAGAUGUCAGUGCAAUGCUUUCUACACAGCGAAGAAUCCAGAAUAUGGUACCCGGAUUCAAAUUCAAUCUAGGGUUUUCCGGCAAAUACUACCAGCAUGGAAAUCCUGAUGAAGACAAAGGCGAUGAUUUAAUUCUUGAAAAUAUAGAUGAGUUCAGAUGGUUUAGCCACAUGUGGAACCACCAGCAACCCCAUCUGUACGACAAUCUGACCCAACUGAUAGACGAUAUGAAUUUAAAUAAAAAUUUCGCUAAAGAAAAGGGUAUACCGUUUGAUUCAGGUUAUUCUGUUUCGCCGCAUCAUUCCGGAGUUUAUCCAGCUCACGAACUGCUCUACACUGCUUGGAAAAGGGUUUGGAACAUUCGUGUUACCUCAACUGAAGAAUAUCCGCAUUUGAGGCCGGCAAGAUUGCGCCGCGGAUUUAUACAUCGCAAUAUAAUGGUGCUACCUAGGCAAACCUGCGGACUAUUCACGCACACUAUUUACAUAGAUAAGUAUCCUGGUGGCAGAGAUAAAUUGGAUGAAUCCAUACAAGGUGGUGAACUCUUUCAGACAAUAGUAUAUAAUCCCAUAAAUAUUUUUAUGACCCAUAUGUCGAAUUAUGGAAACGACAGACUUGCCUUAUAUACAUUUGAAUCAGUGAUUAAAUUUCUGCAAUGUUGGACCAACAUAAAACUAAGUUCGGACACGCCUCUGCAAUUAGCAGAAAGCUACUUCAAACUCUACCCUGAAGAGACUGACCCUAUUUGGGGGAACCCGUGCGAUGAUCCUAAACAUCAAAAAAUAUGGUCUAAAAAUAAAUCAUGCGAUUCACUGCCAAAGUUUUUAGUUAUCGGACCGCAGAAGACGGGAACCACGGCCUUAUACACAUUCCUCUCAAUCCAUCCAUCGAUCGCCAGCAAUCUACCGAGUACAGAAACUUUCGAGGAAAUACAAUUCUUCAACGCUAAUAAUUAUUACAAAGGUCUCGAUUGGUAUAUGAAUUUCUUUCCGGUGGACGUAAACUCCUCGCGCUACAUGUUCGAGAAAAGUGCCACGUACUUUGACGGAGAUUUAGUGCCCAAAAGGGUGCACGCGCUCCUACCUCAUACCAAACUUGUCACCAUACUGAUAUCACCUGCCAAACGGGCGUAUUCUUGGUAUCAGCACAUCAAAGCACACGGAGACACGAUUGCUAAUAAUUACAGUUUCCAUCAAGUUAUUACUGCCGGUGACACUGCCCCAAAGCCGCUCAGAGAGUUGCGGAAUCGUUGUCUGAACCCCGGAAAGUAUUCGCAGCAUUUGGAGAGGUGGCUCACGUAUUUCCCGCCUCAACAACUGCAUAUCAUUGACGGCGAAAUCCUGAAAUCUAAUCCCAUUGAAGUUAUGGACGAACUGCAGAAGUUCCUGAAGAUAACACCGCAAUUUAACUAUACCGGACAUUUGAGGUACGACGAGAAGAAAAAGUUUUAUUGCCAAGUGCUAAACGGAGAGCGUACUAAGUGUUUGGGCAAGUCUAAAGGUCGACAUUAUCCUCCUAUGGAGGAGAAAUCUUUAAAAUUGCUUCAACGUUACUAUUUAAGUCACAAUACGGCACUGGUGAAAUUGCUGAAACGCAUUGGCAUGCGGAAUGUCCCUCAAUGGCUACAGGACGACCUGACUGAUUCCCCGACGUGAGUCGCCCAUCGGUCCUAUACUGGCAGUAUUUGUCACUGUUGUGAGACAAACAGUAUUAGAUUUUUAACAAACAGAAACAAUUUGGUACUUAAACCCGACUAACGUGAAAUAAUUACAUUACAUAAAAGUCAAUAUUUCAAGAAUGAUAAAAAAA